AUGGCCCGGUUAGAUCAACUGCCACUUGAACUGCUUAUUCUAACUGCACAAAGCUUGCACAAUCAGAAAGACAUCAGCGCUCUUGUACGGACCAACAAGACUCUACACCAUGCCCUGUAUGCUUUGCUGUGUCGGUUCAAUGUCGAGCAUCAUCAAAGCUCGGCCCUGCUCUGGGCCGCGAGAAAUGGAUAUACCGAUCUGGCGACAAGAUUGCUUGAUGCCGGUGCGAACAUCUCCUCCCAUGAAGGCCUAGAUGAAGACGAUUACAACCCGUAUGACUUGGUUGACCUUUCCGAAGUCAAUCCGCUCUUAGCUGCCGCCCAGGGUGGGCAUCUUGGAACCCUCAAGGCCAUGCUAUCCGAGAAAAGACCAGGUCGAGCCUCUUCACCAGCGCAGCUACGUACGGUUUUUCAUUGGGCCAUCCGCUCGCGCGCCAGUGACCUUGUGGAGUUGAUGAUUGAGAAUAAUGCCCCUUUAGAUCCUGCAGGAACACAUCCGAAGGCUCUCUCAGCACUGAGUGUCGCCAUUGACUCCGGAAACAAUUCCAUUAUUCCCCGGCUUCUUGAGUUAGGGGCACGAUCCGGUCUCUUUGAGAGCCCAUGUCCCGUCGAGCUAGCGAUAUGCACGGAUCAGCCACAACUAGUCGAGCUUUUGCUCAAGCAUGGUAUGCAGCCACACGAUAACGAAGGCCUGCGUCAUAUUAUACGUCGAAAUGAUAAAGCUCUACUGCAACUCCUUCUCGAUUACGGACUGAAGCUUAAGUUUUACUUCGAGCCAUUAUUUAUCGCGAUUAUGGAAGGCCAAUAUGAGAUGGUCGUAAUGCUCAUUGACAAUGGGGUGAACCCAAAUCUGACACACAGUUUAAACGCGAGGGACGAAGAAGGCUAUGAUAAGAUCUAUGCCUUGAGUCCAGUUGGGUUUGCGAUACAAUUUCGGCGCUUGGAUAUUCUGAAGCUUCUUCUAGACAAGGAUAUCCUCCCAGGGCGGUCCGAUUUGCAGCUCGCGGCGGAAAGGAAGUAUGAGGAGGCAAUGGUCCUUUUGUCAAAAUUUGCAGACCAAGAAUUACCUGAAAGAAAAGGGGCAUCUGACCUUUGGAUGACGGAACAAUGGAAUGUUCCAGACUUCCGGAUGCCAGAUAUCUCAUAUCAGAUUGAAGACACGAUCACACCUGGUCGGCGGAGAGCUUAUAUUUAUAUAUCAUGA